AUGGUAAAGCAGACGAUCCAGAUUUUCGCGAGGGUGAAGCCCACUGUCCGGAAAUACCAACAAGGGAUUUAUUCCAUAGAUGAAGAUGAAAAAUUAACACCCAGCUUGGAAAUUAUUGUACCACGUGAUUUGGCAGAUGGAUUUGUUAAUAAUAAGCGAGAAAGCUACCGAUUUAAAUUUCAAAGGAUUUUUGAUCAGGAUGCGAAACAAGAGAUUAUUUUUGAAACCAUUGCCAAACCCGUGGCUGAAAGUGUUCUGACAGGUUACAAUGGUACCAUCUUUGCAUAUGGACAAACAGGCAGUGGAAAGACCUUCACCAUCACUGGAGGGGCAGAGCGUUACAGUGACAGAGGCAUUAUCCCAAGGACACUAUCUUACAUUUUUGAGCAGUUACAAAAGGACAGCAGCAAAAUAUAUACAACACACAUUUCCUAUUUGGAAAUCUACAAUGAAUGUGGUUAUGAUCUGUUGGAUCCAAGACAUGAAGCCUCCAGUUUGGAAGAUUUGCCGAAAGUGAUAAUCCUGGAGGAUCCUGAUCAGAACAUUCACCUGAAAAAUCUGUCUCUUCAUCAGGCAACCACAGAGGAAGAAGCCUUGAAUCUACUUUUCUUAGGAGACACCAAUAGGAUGAUUGCGGAGACACCUAUGAACCAAGCAUCAACUCGUUCCCACUGCAUUUUCACUGUUCACUUAUCAAGCAAAGAACCAGGAUCUGCAACAGUCCGUCAUGCCAAACUCCACUUGGUCGACCUGGCUGGUUCAGAACGAGUGUCGAAGAGUGGAGUAGGGGGCCUGCUUCUCACAGAGGCCAAGUAUAUCAACUUGUCACUACAUUAUUUAGAACAGGUUAUCAUUGCCCUCUCUGAAAAGCACCGUUCACACAUCCCCUACAGGAACUCCAUGAUGACCAGUGUCCUGAGGGACAGCUUGGGCGGAAACUGUAUGACAACCAUGAUCGCAACCCUUUCUUUAGAGAAGAGGAAUGUUGAUGAAUCUAUAUCUACCUGCAGAUUUGCACAGCGAGUAGCACUUAUAAAGAAUGAAGCUAUUCUUAAUGAAGAAAUUGACCCCAAAUUGAUGAUUAUCCGUCUACAGAAGGAAAUACAGGAACUGAAGGAUGAACUAGCCAUCACCACAGGGGAGCAGAGGACAGAGGCACUCACAGAAGCAGAACUCCUUCAGCUGGAAAAACUAAUAACAAACUUUUUGGAAGACCAAGAUCCAGAGAGCAGACUAGAGGUUGGUGCUGAUAUGCGUAAAAUUCACCACUGUUUUCAUCACUUAAAGAAAAUGUUGAAUGACAGGAAAAUCCUUGAGAAGAAUCCUUCUAAAAUUCAAGACCAAGUCCAAGACUACCAAGAACCAUUAAAAGAGGAAGAAUAUAAAAAACUGCAAGAUAUUCUAAAGCAGAGAGAUAAUGAAAUCAAUAUUUUGGUCAAUAUGUUAAAAAAAGAAAAGAAGAAAUCACAAGAAGCGCUUCACUUAUGUAAAACAGACAGAAGUGUCAUUAGACACUCACAGAGCUCUCCCUUACCACCUGGGAACCCGGAAGAAAAUCAGAAGACAUUGUCAUCUUCAGCUCCCAGGCAGGCCCAGGAUGCCAGCACUGCACACCACAGACCCAGUUUGCUCCACAAAAAAGCAGGGAUGAGAGAGGAAAUGUCACUAGGACGCCAGGAGGCUUUUGAAAUCUUCAAGAGGGACCAUGCUGACAGCAUUACCAUCGAAGACAACAAACAGAUUCUGAAGCAGAGAUUUUCUGAAGCAAAGGCCCUAGGAGAAAGCAUAAAUGAAGCAAGAAGUAAAAUUGGUCACUUGAAGGAAGAAAUCACCCAACGGCAUAUGCAGCAGGUAGCUCUAGGCAUCUCAGGAAACAUGACUACAGCCUCAGUGCCAGACGCGCUGGAAGAGAAGCUGCGAGCACAACUAGAGGAGGAAAAGCAAAGAUAUAAAACAAAUUUCGCUCACCUGAAAGCCCUGAAGGUGGAGAUUGAGCACUUGCAGCUGCUCAUGGACAAAGCGAAGGUGAAGCUGCAGAAGGAGUUUGAAGCCUGGUGGGCGGAGGAGGCCACCAGCCUGCAGGCAAAUUCUCCAGCAGUGAAUUCACUUCCAGCAGCGAAUUCACUGCCAGCAGUAAAUUCACUCUCAGCAGUUAAUUCACUUGGUCACAGGAAGUCAUCUCCACCGAUACCUGAAUUCCAGCAGGAACAGCCCUGGCUUCUCUCUAAUAAAAGGAUCCUGGGCCUUAUGGGCAGGGACCUCCUCCAGCUGUUACCCUUCCCAGUGUGGAUCCUGAGGCUGACUCUUGGUUCCAGUCGGUGCACUCCAACUACAGUGGCUACAUCUCCAUUCAAGGAGCUGAAGCAGGGUCUGGUUACCUCUAACUGGUCCUCAUUCAAUGAUGAGACAUGCCUCAUGAUGAUAAAUACGUAUGACAAGACCAAGUCAAGCCGUGUUGAUGUCUAUGGUUUCUUGGCCCUGUGGAAAUUCAUCCAGCAGUGGUUGUAUCUCUUCCAGCAGUAUGACCAGGACUACUCAGGCGCCGUUAUCUACACAGAGCUGCUUAAGCUCUGUUCCAAACGGGUUACAACACAAGCCCCCAUUCACCCAGCUCCUGGUCUCCCAUCAUUGUCCAUGCUCCACCAGACCCUACAUGCAGUUGGACCAUUUCAGCUGCUGACUGAGGCCUUCAGGGGAAGUACACAGCUGUGUUGUUGGCUGAGGAUAAGAAUAAAGAGAUGGGACACCAAGAAUGGAGGAGAAAACAGCAUAAAUAAAGUGUAUUCCCGGAAAAUCUUGCCCUCGCCACCGAGCCCCACAGUGUAUAAGUUGGAGAAGACCAGCACCAACACCGCCCUGGAAGACAGAGUCUUGGAGAGGCCCAUGUCAUCCAUCCCUCUCACCGGUGACAGCCAGACUGACUCGGACAUCCUGGCAUUCAUCAAGGCCAGACAGAGCAUUCUGCAGAAGAAAUGUAAGUCACCCUUUCGUUGGCCUCUACAGGGCCAUUAG